UGGAGGCACAUCUGGAUCGGGACUGUUAUUGGACGUGCUCCUGUCGAUACGUGCAGAUGAAGAAGAGGAGGAGAGGGGACGUCACCGCUGAAUGAGACGAAGAGGACCUGAACUCGUGCGCUUGUUUUCGUGCAGUUUGCAGAGGAGAGGAGUCUGUCAGCGUCUGUCCAGAGAGACGGAGACAGACAGAGAGAGAGAGAGAGAGAUCUGCAGGUGAUCCAAGCAGAACCAUCCAGUCCUUGUCCUGUUCAUGGCAAAGAUGAGCUGGACUGCUGGGACUCAGUGUGUGGCCAAAGGACACCACAGAAAAGCCAAACCUGGAGAGCUGGCCUAUCACAAAGGAGACAUCUUCACUAUUGUAGAAAUAAGCACGAGGAAGGGUUUUUACAAGGCCAGACACAACACCACAGGAAACGAGGGGCUCAUCAGCUCCACCAGUGUUCGUGAGAGAGAGGCUCUACGCGUCAACCCCAGCCUCAGCCUCAUGCCCUGGUUCCAUGGGAAGAUCUCUGGUCCAGAGGCGGUGAGUAAGCUGCAGCCAGCUGAGGACGGCCUGUUCCUGGUGCGAGAGUCAGUCCGGCAUCCCGGGGACUACGUCCUGUGCGUCAGCGUCUCUGGAGCGGUCGUCCACUACCGAGUGAUUUAUCAGGACAAACAGCUGACUAUCGACGGCACGCAGUUUUUCUACAACCUUAUCGACAUGAUCGAGUUCUUCUCGAAAUACAAAGGCUCCAUUGCUACGACUCUUCUCAAACCCAGACAGAAACAAGGAGCCAAGUCGGCUGAGUUGGAGCUGUCCAAAAGUGGAUGGCUGCUGGACAUCGCAAAGCUCACACUGGGGGAGAAGAUCGGAGAGGGGGAGUUUGGUGCUGUACAUGAAGGAGACUACAUGGGCCAGAAGGUGGCAGUAAAGACCAUUAAAUGUGACGUCACAGCCCAGGCCUUCCUGCAGGAGACAGCAGUUAUGACGAAACUCCAGCAUAAGAACCUGGUGCGUUUGUUGGGCGUCAUUCCUCACAAAGGGCUCCAUAUCGUCACUGAGCUCAUGAGCAAGGGAAACCUCGUUAAUUUUCUCAGGACAAGGGGACGUUCAGUUGUCACCUACGUUCAGCUGCUCGGCUUUGCACUUGAUGUGUGUGAAGGGAUGGAGUACCUGGAGUCUAAGAAGCUGGUUCACAGAGACUUGGCAGCUCGUAACGUCCUGGUCUCUGACGACAGCGUGGCCAAGGUCAGCGACUUCGGUCUGACCAAGCUGGACUCCAAGGUGUCAGAUAACAUCAAGCUGCCGGUUAAAUGGACCGCCCCCGAAGCUCUGAAGAAAGAGAAAUUCUCCACAAAGUCAGAUGUCUGGAGUUACGGUGUUCUUCUGUGGGAGAUCUUCUCAUUCGGUCGCCUGCCGUACCCGAAGAUGUCUUUGAAGGAAGUAAAGGAAAGAGUGGAGGGAGGUUAUCGGAUGGAGGCUCCAGAAGAUUGUCCUCCUGUCGUUUACUCCCUCAUGACCAUUUGCUGGGAGCAGGAGCCGCGCAGAAGACCUGCUUUCCACAAACUGAGGGAGAAACUUGAGCGGGUGAUGGGGACACACAGCCCAGGACCUGGGUCAGAGCGUCGGGAUGGGAACCAGUCUGGCUCUGGAUGCUGAUCCUGGUCUUUAACUCACAAUGGUGGAAAGAAAAGUGACGCUAACCCGCUCAUUGUGCAUCACAGGAAAUGAUCCAGCAUAAAUGUUCCUUUGCAACAGACUAACGGGGUUCCUUUGGAUAUGACAAGACAAUGAUUCUGGUCUAAUGUAAUGCCAGACAAAAUUUUGCAGUUGGAGGCUUGAACAUAAUAACUUUGCUUCAGUGGGUCUAAGCGAAGCAAAAAUGGCUGAAUCAUAUCCUGACGUGGUUAUAUUAAUACUGAGGCUGAAAUUCAAAGACUGUUGGAUGGAUUUUUUAAUGAGACAGAUAAUCCUCGUCCUCAGAGGAUAAAUCCCUAUCAUCUUAAAGAUCUCAACCACUGGAUGGAUUGCCAUGAAAACGUGCACACACGAUUAAUUCUAAUGUUCACUUUUAUGGCUAAAUACCUUUAAAGCCAUGGACUGUAUACUGUAUAAAGAUGGACAAAAUGACAGCUCUCUUAAAGCGAAGCCAAAGCAGCUUGAUCACCACCUGGUGGCUGGCUGCAGAACAGAUCUUAGAUCCCACCCCCUCCCUGGCCGCAGAUGUGAGAUGAGCCAAACUCAAAAGUCAAACAUUAACAAUGUUUUUUGUCAUUUUAGCUCAAUCUUAUCACAACGAUUUAUGUCAAAAUGUUAAUUUUAUUUAAUUUAGUCAUUUGAUGCUAUAAAAAUGUGAAAUGAUUGACAGCUGAGACUGACUCCCGAUUGGUUGAGCAUUGAGCGACUGCUACUUCGCAGACUCUAAAUGCACAAGAUGUUCGUAUCCAGGAAUUUUUCCUUCUUUUCCGGAUAGUGAGAGGAGGUGAAGACGCGUCCUUACAGUGUUGAUUGUUUGUAUUUUCUUGGGAUUUAUUGACACUAUGAUGAUACAGUCGAGUCUUAUAAUGUUUUUUGAAACGUUUUUACAUUGAUUUUAAAUCUCAUGAUGAUAUUUCAUUUGUUUGAAUGUCAGGUCAAAAAUGUGGAGUAAAAAGUAGUAAUUUGCAGGUAAUGUCAGGAAGAGAUGUCAGAAAAUAGAUGAAAUGAAGAAAGAAGACAAACUUUCAUCCUGGGUUUAAUCCCCAGAUCACUACAAUCUGCUUGUACCCCAGCAUUAGGCUCAGCAAAAUGCCACGGACUCAGGGCUUAGUAUGACACAUAUUUGAUGUCAUUUCUGGUCGAUAACAAGUAAAGUUGGUUUUAAAAAAAAGAUAAUGUUUGUGCUUGUGCACAGAGAAGAUUGGGAGAAGUGUGGCUCAUUUUCAGCAGAUACUCUUAAGUCCUUUGCUCAAUACAGUAGCUUUUUGACUUCUGUGAAUGCCAGAUGUUUAAUAUUAACUCAUUUAAGAAACCAAGCCUGUUUUGCCACUUUGUGCUCCACACUCCACUGGUCAGGACAAUAGAGGGGGACUUUGAUUCAUUUCUUUCAAUUUUUAUUCAGCGUAUUUAAACUGAAUUUGGUUUGUCAGACUAAAUCUAAAGGAAAUUUGUCAUUUAUUGCUCAUUUCUGUUCCGUCUGUAUAUUUUGAGAUUAGGAACAACCUUGUGUUAUCUGCUUUCCACUACUCUCAUCUCUAGGGAGCUCUUGGGAGUUUGCUUUCUUAUUCUUCGACUGGAGAUUUAUUAUUUUACAUAUAAAGUUAAAUUAUUAUAUUUAUUAGAAGACAUAUAUCACUAAUUUCACAUCUAAUAGACAUGCGAUGAAAUGUAAGAUUAAUAUACUUUUCAAGCUCAACACAUGCCACAUGCAAAACCUCCUUUUUGGGAUUAUUGUCACGUCACAAGACUAAAUUAAAGAUGUCAUUUCAUUUUAAGUCUAUGUAAGCCUGGUUUUGGUCUGUGUCCCAAGAGAUGGACCCCAAAUUGAGGCUUGAUCCUUUAUCUGUUGUUAUCAUGCAGCGCUGACGAGGAUCCUCCACGAUUUGUUCAAUCUGCUGGGUUUUCCUGAAGCUCUCUAAUGGGAUGAGCAGCAAUUUCCUGCACAAGGAUUUAUAAAGGAAGCAAAUGUAAAAAAUAA